ACACAAGCACCAACAUUUGAUAAGCUUUUACUAUUUGUCCUUUAAAUUCCAACAUUGUUAUGACCAAAUUCGGUUUUAUCGGACAAUGAUCAUAUUAGUAAUAGUCACCUUGAAAACAGAUAACUACAAAUAAGUUAACAGAUAUGCGACUGUUUUUGUUAUUGGUCGUAGUUACGGCCGCGAUUGCGGAAGAUACGUACGUGAUUAUAACCCCAACCGAUAUUCGCCCAGGUGUCGCACUUAGUAUUAACGUCAACAUCCUUAAAGCAUCAAGCGAUGUCACAGUCCAAGCUCAAAUAACUAGGUCAACUGAUAAAGUUCCAAUUGGUACAGCACAGGGAAUAUUUCAACAAGGAACUCCAAAACUUCUAGAAGUACAGGUUCCAGACGAUCUUCAUUCCGGAAGUUAUGAGAUAGAAGUGACUGGCUCCGGAGGACUAGUUUUUACAAACAAAACUGGCUUGAGUUACCAGUCCAAGGGUAUAUCUAUCUUCAUACAGACAGAUAAAGCCAUGUAUAAACCAGGACAGACAGUUCAUUUUCGGGCAUUCGCUAUGUACCCAAACCUGACUGUAAUCGAUAGUCCGAUGGACAUAGAAAUCUAUGAUCCUAACACAAACAAGAUAAAGCAGUGGUUACAAGUCCGAGAUGCCAGUGGUGUUCUUACUAACUUUAUGAUUAUGGAUACUCAGCCUGUACUUGGAGAUUGGAAGAUCAAAAUUAUUACACAUGGUCGUUCUGAAGAAAAGGUUUUCACUGUUGCCCACUAUGUGUUACCAAAGUUUGAGGUGUCAAUAGAAGUGCCUGCAUUUGGUUUAGCGAGUGAUACAAAUUUACAAGGAACUGUUAAGGCGACAUAUACCUAUGGAAAGCCUGUUAAGGGAACAGUCAAACUUCGAGCUAAACUGGAUUACUGGUAUCGUCCAUGGCAAUACAAUGGAUCAGAACCGAUGGUGGAACUCUCCCUGAAUUUAGAUGGAGAAUCCAAAUUCACACUUCCUUUGUCAAACUUUCUGGUGAACACUCGCAAUUACAUCACAUCUGGAAGAUCUCUAAAAAUAGAGGCAAAUGUUACUGAAAGCUUGACACAUAUUACUUUGAGCGGGAAAGACUCUGUGAAAUUUUAUUCACAUGCCGAAAAGAUAGAAUUUCUUCAGUCGAACCCGAAUACGUUUAAACCCGGACUACCAUACACAGCAUAUAUGCGUGUUGCUAGACAAGAUGAUACACCUGUGAUGGGAGCCAAGUCCUCUGUUGUUGUUCAUACCACUGUAACAUAUCAAUUACCAGAACCAACCACCACACCUAAAUACUAUUAUCCACAAUCUAGAACGUACACAAUAAAGGACAGGACUUUUACUGUUCCCGACUCUGGUGUUGUACCUAUUCAGGUAGACAUACCAGACAAUGCUACUAGUAUUUCACUACGAGCGACGUAUGGAUCAUUGUCAGCUUACAAAACGCUUUCUAAAAGCUACUCACCAAGCGAAAGCUAUAUUCAAUUAUUUUUACGUUCUUCUCACUUAAAGGCAGGCAGUGGGGCAAAUUUUGAAAUACAAUCAACACAAGCAGUUACAUCUUUAGUAUAUCAGGUAUUAUCUAGAGGUGUAAUAGUAGGAGCAGGCACUGUUAAUGGUGGAAAUAAAAAGACUGUACCUUUCUCCAUAUCUGUGAAUUCUAAGAUGGCACCAAACGCUCGUAUCGUUGUGUACUAUGUUAGAACAGACGGUGAAAUAGUAACAGACAGUAUCAGCUUUGAUGUCGAAGGUGUUUUUAAUAAUCAGGUUUCAAUUUCAUUUGACAAAACUAAAGCUCAGCCUGGUGAUGCAGUAAACGUACAAGUUACAGCUGAUCCAAUGUCAGUUGUUAACUUGCUAGCCGUCGAUCAAAGUGUUCUUUUGUUAAAAUCUGGAAAUGAUAUUACACAAUCACAGGUUGUAGAAGAAUUGAAAUCAUAUGAUACCAAACACAAGAGUAUAAGCCCAUUCUUCUUCGGAGGUGGCGGUAUUGGUAUUGCAGCCCGUAAACGCCGAAUGAUAUGGUGGCCAUAUCCUACAUACUAUGGGGGAUCAGAUGCAUCUCAAAUAUUUUCGAAUGCAGGUGUAAAAGUGUUAACCGAUGCUACAGUAUACCACCACAAGCAACAAUAUUUUGGCUGUCCCAAUUGUGGUUUUCCAUUACCGGGCAUGGCAUUGGGUGGAGGGGCAGGAGGAGGUUUUGCCGGAGGGGCACUAGCACAUGCAGGAGGAACUAUGAUGACAAACAGUCAGUCACAGCUUCAAGCUGUCAAACGAACAAGAAAUGUUUUUCCGGAAACAUGGCUUUGGUCUAAUAAGACUGUUGGAUCUGAUGGUCACGUGACAAUAUCUACAACAGUUCCUGACACUAUAACAUCUUGGGUUGCUAGUGCAUUUGCUGUCAAUAAAGUAUCUGGGCUUGGAAUAGCUUCUACAUCAGCCAAGAUCGAAGCCUUCAAGCCAUUCUUUGUAAGCCUUAAUCUUCCGUACUCUGUGGUACGAGGAGAACAAGUUGUGUUACAGGCCAAUGUCUUUAACUACCUGACCAGUGAUACUGACGUGUUAGUGACACUUGAAAAGAAUGAUGACUUUAGGAGUAUUGUAGUGGCCUCUGAUGGUACAACUAGUUAUGUCUCCCAAACUCAGACAGACAAUAUCCACGUAAAGGCAGGUGAAGCCAAAUCUGUGUAUUUCCCGAUUGUACCUGCUGAGUUGGGACAGAUUUCCCUGACUGUAAAGGCUCAGUCAGUAAUGGCAGCAGACGCAGUAAAACGUCAACUACUUGUAGAGCCUGAAGGUGUACCGAAAGAAUAUAAUACCCCAAUCCUUUUGAAUUUGAACAAAGGUGCACCAGUACAUAAAACUGUUCCAGUUUCUCUUCCACAAUCAGUAGUAGCUGGAUCACAACAUGUCCGAGUUUCAGUCAUAGGUGAUUUAAUGGGACCAACAGUUAAUAAUCUAGACAAAUUACUACGCAUGCCAACUGGAUGUGGUGAACAGACAAUGCUUGGUUUGGCGCCUGAUGUUUUUGUAGCAAAUUACUUAACAUCUACUCAACAGCUGUCCAGUGAUAUUGAAGAAAGAGCUAUAAAUUAUAUGGAAAAAGGUUACCAAAGAGAGUUAACAUUCCAACAUAAAGAUGGAUCUUUCAGUGCAUUCGGUGAUAGAGACAAAUCAGGUAGUAUGUGGUUAUCUGCUUUCGUAAUAAAGACAUUCCACCAAGCAAAGAAGCAUAUAUUUAUUGACGACAAGACACUGGUUCGUACCAUAGAAUGGAUGUUGACAAAACAGAAUCCUGAUGGUUCCUUCGCAGAACCUGGCAGAGUUAUACAUAAGGAUAUGCAAGGAGGAUCUGCCAGUGGUCCAGGACUUACUGCAUUUGUAUUGAUUGCUUUGGAAGAAAACAAUGACUUGAAAGGAAACAUUCAGGAAAAACUACAGAAUGCUGCUAUGAAGGCAAGAUCUUAUCUUGAGCAACAAAUUAGUAAAAUAACGGACGAUUAUGCUUUGGCUAUUGCAAGUUAUGCUUUAGCUCUGUCCAGGAGCUCUGAUGCUGCUACGGUGUUUACAAAGUUGAACAGUGAUGCAAUUGUGAAAGAUGGAAUGAAGCAUUGGCAUAAAGCACAGACAACAACGUCCUCUCACAAUCAUUACUGGUCACCUCCUCAUAAACAAUCAAAUCCUAUCGAUAUAGAAAUGACGUCAUAUGCUUUACUUGUAUAUGCUCAUAACAAAGCUUUCGCUGAUGGUCUUUCUGUUAUGAAAUGGCUGACUACACAACGUAAUUCAAAUGGUGGAUUUGCAUCAACACAGGAUACAGUUCUUGCUCUACAGUCCUUGUCUGAAUUCGCAGCAAUGGUUUAUUCAAACAACUUUGAUUUACAAGUUUCUGUUGCAGCCAGUAACUUCACAAAACAGUUCCAAGUUAAUCCAACUAAUGCUUUAGUACUGCAAGUAGCAGAGUUGUCUUCAAUUCCAACUGAGGUAACCAUUGACGCCACUGGUCAUGGUAUGGCUCUUGUAGAGGUUUCAGUGCUUUUCAACGUUGAACAAGAAAUAUCAGAACCAACAUUCGAAGUGACAGUGACAUUGGAAAAAGAUACCCUUAAUUCUAUCAAAGUGAAAACUUGCACAAGGUGGCUCUUAACUGGUGCAAGCGGGAUGGCAGUACAAGAGAUAGGUAUUCCAACUGGUUUCGAUGCCGAUGUUGAAAGCAUUGGACAAAUGGCCGGUUUGAAAAAAAUAGAACAGGAAAACAGAAAAGUUAUCAUCUAUUUCGAUGAGAUAACAACUACGCCACUGUGUGUCACCAUGGAAUCUAUCCGCACUGGACUUGUUGCUAAAACACAACCAUCUGCUGUUCGCGUUUAUGAUUAUUACCAACCAGAUAACCAAGUGACAGCAUUCUACCAGUCACAUGUUUUGAAGAAUUCAUCUGUUUGUGAUGUUUGUCCCGAAUGUGGAGGAUGUCCUUAGGACUGAUUAAGAAGACAUUCAACGGUUGCAUGGAAAAACAUUUACAAUUAUACAUUCACAUAAUUUGAGAUAGCAAGCUAUUUGUAUUCAUUAUUAUUAGUAAUAUGACGUAAUCGAUUUGCUUCAUUCAAUAAUUUACAUAAAACUUUAAAAACAAUGAUUUCUUAACUGGACUGUUAAAUGCAUGUAUGUAAAAUAUAUAAUUCCUUUAAUAAGAAAUAUACUAUCCACACUAA